GCGGGGCGGGGCGCGGAGCGCGCAUGCGCCACAGCGCCAGCGCUCUCCCCGGAUCGUGCGGGGCCUGAACCUCUCCGCGGGCGCAGGCUCCGCUCGCGCCAGCUCCCUUCCGCCGCCAUGUCUGCCACUGUCGAGCGGGAGUUUGAGGAACUGGAUGCUCAGAAUCGCUGGCAGCAGCUGUACCUGGAAAUUCGCAAUGAGUCUCAUGACUAUCCUCAUAGAGUGGCCAAAUUUCCAGAAAACAGAAAUCGAAACAGAUACAGAGAUGUAAGCCCAUAUGAUCACAGUCGUGUUAAACUGCAAAAUGCUGACAAUGAUUAUAUUAAUGCCAGCUUAGUUGACAUAGAAGAGGCACAAAGGAGUUACAUCUUAACACAGGGUCCACUUCCUAAUACAGGUUGUCAUUUCUGGCUCAUGGUGUGGCAACAAAAGACUAAAGCAGUUGUCAUGCUAAACCGAAUUGUGGAGAAAGAAUCCGUUAAAUGUGCACAGUACUGGCCAACAAAAGACGACCAAGAGAUGCUGUUUAAAGAAACAGGAUUCAGUGUGAAGUUCUUGUCCGAAGAUGUGAAGUCAUAUUAUACAGUACAUCUUCUGCAAUUAGGAAAUAUCAAUAGUGGGGAGACCAGAACAAUAUCUCACUUUCAUUAUACUACCUGGCCAGAUUUUGGAGUCCCCGAAUCACCAGCUUCAUUUCUCAAUUUCUUAUUUAAAGUGAGAGAAUCUGGUUCCUUGAAUCCUGAGCAUGGGCCUGCAGUGAUCCACUGUAGUGCAGGCAUUGGGCGGUCAGGCACCUUUUCUCUAGUAGAUACCUGUCUUGUUCUGAUGGAAAAAGGAGAUGAUAUUAACAUUAAGCAACUGUUACUGAAUAUGAGAAAAUAUCGAAUGGGACUUAUUCAGACACCAGAUCAACUCAGAUUUUCAUAUAUGACUAUAAUAGAAGGAGCAAAAUUUAUAAGGGGAGAUUCAAAUAUACAGAAACAAUGGAAAGAACUUUCAAAGGAAGAUUUGUGUCCUGCUUUUGAUCAUUCACCAACCAAAAUAAUGACUGAAAAAUACAAUGGGAAUAGAGUAGGCCUAGAAGAAGAAAAACUGACAGGUGACAGAUAUACAGGACUGUCCUCUAAAAUGCAGGAUACAAUGGAGAACAGUGAGAGUGUUUUGCGGAAACGUGUUCGAGAGGACAGAAAAGCUAACACGGCUCAGAAGGUGCAGCAGAUGAAACAGAGACUAAAUGAGACUGAACGAAAAAGAAAAAGGUGGUUAUAUUGGCAACCUAUUCUAACUCAGUUGGGGUUUGUGUCCGUCAUUUUGGUUGGUGCUUUUGUUGGCUGGACACUGUUUUUUCAAAAAAAUGUUCUAUGAAUAGUUAAUUUGCCCAGAAAGCUUCUGCACUAGUAGCUGACAGUGUUGCGUUAAUCAUAAGGGUUUGUCUGUUAGCAGACUCCUUAUACCCCAAAAAACAGUGCAGUAGAAUAGACACCACCAGAUAAAUGAUAUAUAUUUACUUCCCAGCCCAACAUCUUCAGGGCACUGCUGCCAAACUGUAAACAGCUAUCUAAAAUAAAGACUUAAAUGCUUGUAAAAAACUGGUACAUUUUGCAACUGUAUUCAUACAUGUUAAGUGUAUUAUUUCACCUGCUCAGAUUGAGAAAUCCUUUAUCACAAGGAUUUGUUUUUGGAGGCUAUCUAGAUUUUAACCUAUGCUUGAUAUAAGCAAUAAAUAUUGUGGUUUUAUCUACAUUAUUAUUGGAAAGAAAAUGACCUCUAAGUAAUGCGUGUAAUGUAUAAUAUACUGUUGACAUGGGCAUCAACAUUUUAUAUUACCAGCCAUUUUGGGGUAAAUAUAUAUUUUAUAAGUAUCUAUUUAAUCUUAACUUUUGUAGUUAAAUGUACUUUUUAAAAGCUCAAUUUGGAAAACCUGUUACCAUAAAAAAAUUAAUUGUGUGUUGAUUCAAUUGUACUGGAUACAUUUUCCUAAAGAGAAGUUUGAUGUGAGCAGUUAGAACUCUGAAUAAGCAUAUUUUACUAUAUAUUUGCAUUU